GAGUGCCGGAUUGCCCAUCCCAUUGUUAAAUGCACUUACUGCAGGACCGAAUUCCAGCAGGAAAGCAAAACCAACACAAUAUGCAAGAAGUGUGCCCAGAACGUGAAGCUCUACGGAACACCCAAACCCUGCCAGUACUGCAACAUCAUCGCAGCGUUUAUUGGCAACAAGUGCCAGCGUUGCACCAACUCCGAGAAGAAGUACGGCCCGCCGCACUCGUGCGAGCAGUGCAAGCAGCAGUGCGCGUUCGACCGCAAGGAUGACAGAAAGAAGGUGGAUGGAAAGCUGCUGUGCUGGUUGUGCACGCUGUCCUAUAAGCGGGUCCUACAGAAGACCAAAGAGCAGUGCAAACACCUGAGCAGCUCUUCCCGGGCCAGCCUGCAAGAGAAGGAACAGUACAGUAGGCUCAGCAGUGCCAGCCACUAUAACAGCCAGAAAACCUUAUCCACCUCUUCCAUUCAGAACGAAAUCCCAAAGAAGAAAGCCAAGUUUGAUGCCAUAUCUGCCAACGGUGACAGUUUUUCUCCAGACCUCGCCCUGGACUCUCCUGGCACUGACCACUUUGUUAUCAUUGCCCAGCUGAAGGAAGAAGUGGCUACUUUAAAGAAGAUGCUGCACCAGAAAGAUCAGAUGAUUUUGGAGAAGGAGAAGAAGAUCACAGAGCUGAAAGCCGACCUCCAGUACCAGGAGUCGCAGAUGAGGGCAAAGAUGAACCAAAUGGAGAAGACACACAAGGAGGUCAUGGAGCAGUUACAGGCCAAGAACAGAGAACUCCUGAAGCAAGCAGCUGCCCUAUCGAAGGGCAAAAAGCCUGAGAAGUCGGGAGCAAUAACCUCCCCUUAAAACCAACCCCCCCCCCACCCCCAUCCGGGAGCUUUCCCCAGCAUUAGCCAAGGAGGCUAGGAGGACCCGCCUGAUCGCUGGAAGCCAAAACCUCCGUGUUGUCACUCUCCCACCGCCGUGGCCUCGAUGGAAACGCCUGGUGUGUGUGUUGCCUUCCGACAGCAGGCUCGAGCGUGUCUGCGCUGGCUCUCCGCUGAACACCCGCUCUGUGUCACGGCGAUCCAGGGGGAGAGGUCCCAGCCGUCCUAAAUUCCCCCCUGCCCCCCACAACGUACUGCUUUCUGAAAGA